CGUAACAACAUUAGGCAACCGUUACUGAUUGGCACAUCGCCCGACAGCAGUCUUUCUUUUCAUUUCCUGUCGUACUGGCCAAAGAUACACAUGGGUUUUGAAAACGAGGAUUGUGCCGGAAGUCCUGACUCAGCAUCACGCAAAGUAUGCUAUGUUGUCUCGAACGACCUGGUAAAGUGUUCCUCACUGCUGCCUUCCAAUCACCAUCGCUCUUUUCUCGUGCACUCGCUAGCCAAAGCGUACGGGCUUUUCGAUCCGUCCACGGAUCGGAACAGAACCAAGUUACAAAUCCUGCGACCUACUCCAGCGAACUACAAAGAUCUUUCUGUAUAUCAUAGCCGUGAUUAUUUGUCCGCUGUUCUUAAUGAAGAGAACACUGAAGAAACAUUCCGCGCAUCCGGGCUCUCUAGAAUGGAUGACUCAGGGUAUGGGCUUGAGCACGACUGUCCGCUCUUCACAGGGCUACCAGCAUACGUCAAACUCGUAGCAGGGGCAACACUGACAGCUGCAAAAUCUCUCCAGAGUGGUGACGUGAACGUCGCCAUAUGCUGGGAUGGAGGAAGACAUCAUGCGCGUAAAUCUCAAGCAUCAGGCUUCUGCUACGUUGCCGACUGCAUCCUCGCCAUCCUUGCCCUCAAACGCACACAGGUUUUCUUCAGUCCAACACCCCGCAAGGCGCGAAUCAUGUACCUCGACCUCGACCUUCAUUUCUCCGAUGCAGUAUGCGAAGCAUUUGUCUCCUCCGCAGAUCAUUCGGGUGCCCCUCAAGUUCUCACCCUCUCGGUUCACCAUACUUCCCCAGGAUUCUUUCCUGUCUCUCAUCUGGCAUCGCUAUCGGACCCCGCCUCCCCGGCAUUUGAUCCCUUCUCUCUGUCUCUUCCGCUCGCAGCAGGUGCUUCUGAUGCCUCUUUUGCAAAAAUUUGGCCUUCAGUUGAGCGCGUGAAAGAUGCGUUCGAGCCCGACUUUGUGGUAGUGCAGUGCGGCAUGGACGGGCUUGCAGGCGAUCCGAAUGCCGUAUGGAACUGGUCACUCGGAUCUGCGAAUGGCAGCGUAGGGUGGUGCCUCAAGCGCAUUUGUAAUGAAUGGAAUUGCAAAACACUGCUUCUGGGUGGAGGUGGAGGUUACAACUCUGCCAACGUGGCACGGGCAUGGACGUACUUAACAUCUAUCGCCCUUGAUCAAUUCCUGUCUCUGGACUCUGAUAUACCAGACCAUGCCGCCUUCCCCCUAUAUGCUCCCACAUUCACGUUGGAUGUCCCACCCGGAACCACUCCAGACAGGAACACAGAUGAGUUCUUGGCAGAAAUAGAUGCACUAUUCCGUCGCAUCUCCGAGAUUAUACGCAACAGGAUGGCCUCUGUACAAUGUUGA